GAUUCUCUGUGCUUUGGAACAGCUGACUGUGCUGUGGGUGUUGUGCGAGAUUGCUUACUUCGAGUAGAUAGCAAAACAGUCGCUAGAUAGCGGUUUGAAUUUUUGUGCUGUUUAGGCGCUGAUAAUCAUUUACAUCACAACAUGGCUGAGACGGACCCCAAAUCGGUGCAGGACCUUACCAAUGUGGUUCAGACUCUGCUGCAACAGAUGCAGGACAAGUUCCAGACCAUGUCAGACCAGAUCAUUGGAAGGAUUGAUGAAAUGAGCACACGUAUUGAUGAUUUGGAAAAAAACAUUGCUGACCUGAUGACCCAGGCUGGUGUCGAGGAGAUCGAGGCAACACCAGAAAAAGCUAAAGAGGGUCAAGGAUCAUAAUGAAGGUUCCUAAAUCACAAGGCGUGAAGUCGGUCCUGUAUUCAGGAGCAGCAGACUUUUUCCAUUCUGAAAAUGACUAAUAUUGAUUUGGUGUGUCGUUGUGUGAAAUGCUUUUUUAUAUAUUGUGAAAUGGUUAUGUAAUGACUUGAAAAUUUGAACGUUACUUGUAAGCUAGAGUAGUGUGACAUGCCCUUCAGCACCUCAAGUGCUCAUGUGCAGGAUUGCAGAUUUAGCGUACUAACCUGGAGGUUAUUUUCAUAUACAUGUAUAUCAGUAGUUGAAUUCCUUGACACGAAAGCAGACAGUGUUGGUUUUGCCCUAGCCUCUGACGAGGACUAAAACUUGCAGGCUAACAGGUUAGUACAAACCUCCAACCCAGUGUCCGCACCAACACGGUGCAGCGAAUCUUUAAAGCUAGCAGUGUUUCACAGUGAGCACUGUUACAACCAUUGUGUGGGAUGCAUUCCAGUCCUGAUAGUCUUCUAUUAAAGCUAUUUAAUACAC